AAGAGAAGUUCUGCAACCCCCCAGAGAAUUUAAGUAAUUAGCCUGUAUGGAGGUAAAUAUAUGAGCUGCAUAUUUUCAGUGACUCAACCACUACUAACCAGUCUGUGAGGCAGCCAAGAGUUUUCGUUUAAAUGACUUGAGAAGAUCUCUCAGGAUGCCGCUCUUUGGAAACUCAUUUAGUCCGAAGAAGACUCCACCACGUAAAUCUGCCUCUUUGUCCAGCCUGCAUACAUUGGAUCGUUCAAUCAGGGAAGUAGAGCUGGGUCUUGAAUAUGGCCAACCUGCAAUGAACAUUGGAGGUCAGAGCUGGAAAUUUGAAGAUGGACAGUGGAUGACAGAAUCAGGAGGGAAUACUUCCAGUAGGGAAUUGCAGCGACUUAAGAAAAGAAACGUACAGCUGGAGGAAGAGAACAACCUUCUGAAAUCAAAGAUUGAAAUUCUCUUGGACAUGUUAACAGAGACAACUGUAGAGUGCUGCCAGAUGGAGAAGGAAGUGGAAGGCAUAAAGACUCAACAUCGAAGGAAGAAAUGACAGAUGUGCCCUGAUGUUGUUGUCACAUCAUGUUUGUAGUCUGUUAAUGAAAAUUUUUACUUGCCUCUCCUUUUGUUCUAUUUUUUGGAAUAACUGAUAGAAUACAUGUUCAUUGUUUUUGGAUGUCCAUGCCUUUCUUGUGUUUAUUGAAAAUAAGUAGGAUUUUGAGACAUGCAACUUAAUUGUGAGUAUUUUUGCUCAUAACACUGAAUAUUUUAUACCUUUUACAUCUGUUAAUCAAAUUUAACAUUUCUUGUAUUUCCUUUUUAUUAAAUUAAAAGAUGUUUUCCAUCAGAAA